AUGUCUGGUAUGUUUGAGCCUGCACCUGAACCUUCUACUGAGUUAGGCCUUUUAAGGGUUCUCUCUAAAACGGCUAGUGUUAAAGUCUCUCCUCUAAUCCUGGGCGGGAUGUCGAUUGGUGAUGCGUGGUCAGGAUACUUGGGCUCAAUGGACAAGGAACGCGCUUUUGAACUACUUGAUGCCUUUUACGAGGCAGGUGGAAACUUUAUUGAUACUGCAAAUACUUAUCAGAAUGAACAGUCGGAAGCUUGGAUCGGUGAAUGGAUGAAGUCAAGAAAGUUGCGCGACCAAAUUGUUAUAGCUACCAAAUUUUCUACAGAUUAUAAGUGGUAUGAAGUAGGCAAGGGUAAAAGUGCCAAUUUCUGUGGUAAUAGCAAGCGUAGCUUGCAUGUGAGUGUCAGAGACUCUCUGCGUAAAUUGCAAACUGAUUGGAUCGACAUUCUUUAUAUUCACUGGUGGGAUCAUAUGACUUCCAUUGAGGAAGUUAUGGAUAGUUUACACAUUCUUGUACAGCAAGGCAAGGUCCUCUAUCUGGGUGUGUCUGAUACACCUGCCUGGGUUGUAUCUGCAGCAAAUUACUAUGCUACUUCUCACGGGAAAACUCCUUUUAGUAUCUAUCAAGGUAAAUGGAAUGUGUUGAAUAGGGACUUUGAACGUGAUAUUAUUCCAAUGGCAAGGCACUUUGGCAUGGCACUUGCUCCAUGGGAUGUAAUGGGUGGUGGUAAAUUCCAGAGUAAAAAAUCUAUGGAAGAAAAGAAGAAGAGUGGAGAGAGCUUGCGUUCCUUUGAUGGUAUUUCCGACCGGACGGAGACAGAGGUCAAGAUGAGUGAGGUAUUGUCAAAGGUUGCUGAGGAGCAUGGUACUGAGUCUGUUACGGCUAUUGCCAUUGCCUAUGUUCGUUCCAAAGCGAGGAAUGUUUUUCCAUUGAUCGGAGGACGUAAAAUCGAGCACCUUAAGCAGAACAUUGAAGCUUUGAGUAUUAAGUUGACACCAGAUCAGAUAGAACGUCUAGAAAGCGUCGUUCCUUUUGACAUUGGAUUUCCGUCCAAUUUUAUUGGACAGGACCCAGCUAUUAGUAAACAGGUUCCUUCCUUUACAUCAAUGUCAGCCAGGAUUGUUUUAGAUGAUUAG